AUGAAGCGGGCGCACCCCGAGUUCAGCUCCUCGGACAGCGAGCUGGACGAGCCGGUGGAGGUGGAGAAGGAGAGCGCGGAUGAGAGCGGAAACUUGAGUUCGGCCCUAGGCUGCAUGUCCCCAGCGACGUCUUCGCAGAUCCUGGCCAGGAAAAGACGGAGAGGCAUCAUCGAGAAACGCCGGCGGGAUCGGAUCAAUAACAGUUUGUCCGAGCUGAGGAGGCUGGUGCCCAGCGCCUUUGAGAAGCAGGGCUCUGCGAAGCUGGAAAAAGCCGAGAUCCUGCAGAUGACGGUGGACCACCUGAAGAUGCUGCACACCGCGGGCGGGAAAGGCUACUUCGACGCGCACGCCCUGGCCAUGGACUACCGGAGUCUGGGGUUCCGGGAGUGCCUGGCGGAGGUCGCCCGCUACCUGAGCAUCAUCGAAGGGCUGGACGCCUCGGACCCGCUGCGAGUGCGGCUGGUGUCGCACCUGAACAACUACGCCUCCCAGCGGGAAGCGGCGAGCGGCGCGCACGCGGGCCUCGCGCCCCUGCCCUGGGCGAGCGCCUUCGGACACCCCGCGCACGGGGCGCCCCCGCUGCUGCUGCCGCCGCCGCCCCAGGGCGGCCACGGGAACGGCGGCUCGGCGACCGCCUCGCCCACGGACCCGCACCCCCAGGGCCGCCUGGCCGCGGCGCACCCCGAGGCGCCCGCCCUGCGAGCGCCCCCUGGCGGCGGCCUUGGAGCGGUGCUCCCUGUGGUCACAUCCGCCUCCAAACUGUCGCCGCCCCUGCUCUCCUCCGUGGCCUCCCUCUCCGCCGCCUUCCCCUUCUCUUUCGGCUCCUUCCACCUGCUCUCCCCCAGCGCGCUGAGCCCUUCGGCUCCCACGCAGGCGGCAAACCUGGGCAAGCCCUACAGACCGUGGGGGACGGAGAUCGGAGCCUUCUAA